AUGCAGAGCAACCAAGGAAUGAUGAGGCUUCCAUAUGAAAGCAUAUACGAUGAGAUUCUAGCCAAAGCAACAAGCUCACAGUACGGCUGCACAGAUGAAGAAGUCAACAACGUCUUGCAAGAGAUGCAGGAAAGAUAUCAGGAAAGAUAUCCUGGGGAAAGCUACGAUCCAUAUUUUUGUGAUGUCGCAUGCCCCAAUCAACCAUGGUUGGUCGAAAGUUGGGCUUGGAUAUAUUUAUUUCCUGGAGAACCUCGACCUUGGCGCUUGUCAAACCACACAGAAGAAGAGUUAGGAUACUAUACGGUGCUAUAUAGACAUGCGGUACACUUAUUCCGAGCCACGAGCAAAGAAGCACAAGGUGCCUGCCGUGUAGGAGAUUUCGCUUCCGUAGCAGCUCAGCAGUGGGAUAGCGAGCCGGUUGUCAAAGAUGGAUCUGAAAUGGAUGCCGAGUCGACACUAGCUGCGAAUGAUGAUAUUCCAAGAAAACGGUCCAUGCCAACUAAUGAGGAAGCACGAAAAAAGGUCAAGACGACGAAGGAUAUGUAG